AUGUACACUCGAAGAGUAGCAAUUCACCACGCACACUGGGCGCGGACAGGAAUUCGCUGUUAUGCUGUCAACACUAAUGAUGCACAAUGGUUCCCGCAGCUACGCGCUGAGAUGCUGACGCGACAUGUCAGAGUCUCACGCGAAUAUCUCGAUUCCUCGACAGAACACAAAUUGAUAGACACACUCCGGAGCCACUUACCCGCAGAAUGGUGCCCUCGCUUUCACGCAGACGCGCCUCGUAUGCCUAUGGGCCAUCACUUGAUAUACUUCAACCCAUCGUUGUCAGGCGAUCAGCUCCUGCCUGAUGGUACAGAUGCGUUGCACGAUCCAGGCGCGCCAUGGGUGCGGCGCAUGUGGGCGGGCGGCUCUAUGCGAAUUAGGCCAGAAUUGUACCAUCAUAAAACGGACGGCUUCAUCAUGGACACAUUUGGCGUGUGUGCGGAGCGCAUCCAGGAUGUGCAGUUGCGAGGCACAGGCGACUCGGCCAAGGUCUUUGUCACGAUAGAGCGGCGGUUUGCGAGGCAUGACCUACUCAGUGUCAGGUACAGAGAGGCUGCAAGGGAUAUUGCAGAUUCCAGGGCACGCACAUCGCACGAUGCCCUGGCGUAUUUCCGCAGCCAGCAGAACAACGACGACGAGUGGGGCGAUGCGCUCUUCAAGGAAGUGCGCAACCUCGUCUUCUUGAAAAAACGGACGGCAGACGAGCUGGACGCUGCCAAAACUGGCAACAUGCCCCCCAUCAAAUAUCUUCCAGCUCCCUCCAAUCCCGACUUCUCACACGAACUCACGCCCACGCGCUCCAUGCUAUUUCGCUUCUCGGCCCUGACCUGGAAUGACCACCUCAUUCACCUGGAUCCAGAAUAUGCCCGCACUGUCGAGGGCCAUCGUAACAUGCUUGUUCACGGCCCGCUCUGUUUGACGCUCAUGCUCAAAGCUAUCACGCCCUACAUCGACACACACUCCAAAGGAAAGCAGUGCUUCGAGUCGAUCGAAUAUCGGAAUCUUGCUCCGCUUUACUGCGACGAGAAGAUGCGCAUAUGCGGCAUGGUGACCAAGACAUCAGCCACUGGCAACCAAUACGACGUAUGGAUUGAAGGUCCAACCGGCGGCGUGGCCGUCAGCGGCAAAGUACAUACAGUGAUCAAGCCGCCCAGCCCUCGGGAACGCCGCCCUAGGUUGUCCCGAGCCACACGACGUUCUGAAGCAGACAAGAAAGCGAGUAGGCCCCAGCGGACAAACCCCGCCAUUCAAACUGCUUCUGACCGCAGUUCUAGAGUAAUGCUCUGA